AUGUUCAGAUCUGGAGCUGUUUUCUCUCACAGAAUCCCCUGCAUUGUGUAAACAGGCCAUUCAGCCCAACGGGUCCACACUGACCCUCUUAAGAGCUGCGCACCCAGAUCCAUCCUCCACAGCCUGUCCCUAUAUAAUCCCGUAUUUCCCCAUGGCUUACCCAGCCUUGCACAACCCUGAAUGCUGUGGGGCAAUUUACCACAGCUCACCCACCCACACAUCCCUGAACACUCCGAUCCUCCCUAAACUGCACAUCCCUGGAUACUCUGGUCAGUUUACCACAGCUCACCCACUCACACAUCCCUGAACACUCCAAACCACCCGAGCCUGCACAUCCCUAGACGCUAUGGGAUAAUUUAGCAUGGUCAACCCACUCUAAUCUGCACAUCCCUGGACUGUGGGAGGAAACCCACACAGGCAGAAGGAGAAUGUGCAAAUUCCACACAGACAAGUCACCCAAGAAUGGAAUGAACUCUAGUCCCUGGUGCUGUGGGGCAGCAGUGCUAACCACUGAGCAAUCGUGUCCCCUCCCCCACCAUUUUUAAAGGUCAAAAAUAUGUCUACUAUGGAAAUGGAUCAAGAACUGGCCAAAAAACUGUUCUUUGAAGGAGGCACUCUUAUAAUACUUGGAGUUCCUGAGGGCACUGAAUUUGGCAUUGAUUACAACUGUUGGCAAGUUGGCCCCAAAUUUAAAGGAGUGAAGAUGAUCCCACCAGGAAUCCAUUUUAUGCAUUGCAGUGCUGUGGACAGCAGCAAUACUCUGAUAACAGGGCCACGCACAGGUUGUUUCUUUCACAUAAAGCAGAGGGAAGUUCUAGUGAAGCGAUGGGACAAGAAGGAAGAAGAAAUAGUUCUAGUUGAGGUCUCGGAAGAAGAGAGAGAACAGAUAAGAGAGAAUCUGACGGAACUGGACAAAUGCUUGGGACCAUAUCCAUAUGCAACAAUGAAAAGAUGGGUUUCUUUAACCAAUUUAAUUACUGAUCCCUUAAUCCAGAAAUUGCAGCCUGAAAGUGGACGGAUUUGUGCAUUUUCUGAAGUGCAGCCAGAGAUUGCACUACCACAUACAAAGGAUCGCGCCCAACAGAAUCUAUUGCCUUAUGAUACCCUAUGCAAGAGCUACGAAGAGGGGUUAGCCAGACUGCCCAAGAUGAAAGUUAAAGCUGGUACUGAGAUCAGAUUCACGACCAUUCCAAAACAGAAGUAUCCUGAGGGAGCAUCCCCAGCUGAAAUUACAAAGUUUAGCAUGGACUUUAGCUAUGCCCUGGAUACGGUAAUAAAACAGCGAUACCCUUUGAACUCAAAAGAUAUAUUAGGUGAAUUGCAGUUUUCUUUUGUCUGUUUCCUGAUCGGACAUGUCUAUGAUGCGUUUGAGCACUGGAAGGAUUUACUUCGUCUACUCUGUCAUUCUGAGGAGGCUGUGACAAAACGAAAGGAUCUCUAUUCUGCUCUCAUCUCAAUCCUCUAUCAUCAACUUAAUGAAAUUCCUGCUGACUUCUUUGUGGAUAUUGUCUCCAAAGAUAACUUCCUCACCACAACCUUGCAGGAGUUUUUCUCUUACACGUGCAACCCAGAUGUAGACAAAGCUCUGCAGAAGCGGGUGGAAAAAUUUAAAGCUCAUUUAACCAAGAAGUUCAAAUGGGAUUUUGAUGAAGAACCUGAUGAUUGUGCUCCUGUGAUGGUUGAGUUGCCUGAAGGACAACUGGGCUGAUUUAGAUCAGUUAAUAAAACCUUUUGAUCCAUGAGCCAUUUGGUAAAUGUCUGUCUUUUAUGUUUAUCACCUUAAGUAUGUAAAGUAGAAACAAGCUUGCUUAUGUUUUAUAAAUUAUUGUAAAAUAUUUACUCUCUAUUGACAAUAUAAAUUUGCGUGUGAAAGCACUUUUUAUCUGGACAUUUUUAAUGGAACAUGUUGGGAUGAAUAGAUGUGUUUAUUCUUCACUGUUUUUGUUAAAAUUAAUUGGUCUAUUUACUGAUCAAAUGAAAUACAAUGCUCAAAAACUGAUGCUCAUUUUAGUUAAACAUCCUGUCUCAUUAGUUCCUUUUAGCAAUCAUUUGGUCCUAUUUUAACUCUAAGAAUAGUUACAUUGUACUCUGUGCAGUUAUCAAACCUAGAAAUUGAAUGUAUUUUAUUGUUGACUCUCAGUUAUUCAUGAACUGUAAAAUAACAAUUUUGCUUAAUCAGUGGACCAUGCAGUUGUUUUUUUUUCCUCAGCAUUGUUCAAAACAUUUUGACAAGGCCAAGCAAUAAUUAUGGCAUUGCAGUUACUAUGUCUUCUCUGUUUUUUACGACCAAUUGAGGAAGGGUGAUUCAGCUCCUCUCUUUUUAACCCCCACUUGGUUGGUUGCAGCAGAUUUUGUUUUUUUAACUUUCUCUCACUGCAAUUAAUACAUAGUACCAUUCAAAAUCAAUGAUUUAAUUUUGAGAUUUUCUUGAACGAAAUAAAGAUGUUUUUUAUUAUCUACAA